AUGACGGGAUUAUCAUUGGUUCGUAAUGAUUACUCUGUCACGUUUACGGUUGCGGUGGUUUUUCUCCUGCUCUGUCCGACUCUGCCGCGCUUUUGCUCUGCCGGCGACGGCAGGCUUAUGGUGCCGAUGACUCUGGUUCGCGACGCCGCCGAUGCCGGCGCCGUUUGCUUGGACGGGAGCUUGCCUGCGUAUCAUCUCCACAGAGGUUCCGGCGCUGGAGCCACCAACUGGCUUUUGCAGUUCGAGGGAGGUGGGUGGUGUAACGACGUGGAAUCGUGCUUGAUGAGAGCCGGAACACGGCGGGGAUCCACCACUCUUAUGAACAAACAAGAAGUCUUCUCGGGGAUCUUGAGCAACAAUGCAUCUUUUAAUCCAGACUUUUACAAUUGGAACCGGGUGAAGCUUAGAUACUGCGACGGAGCCUCCUUCACCGGAGAUUCCCACUUCCGCAACAAGUCAUCGGUUGUUUACUUCAGAGGGCAGAGGAUUUGGGAUGCCAUCAUUACCCAUCUCCUCCCCAGAGGACUGGCCCACGCACGCAAGGCGCUGCUUUCGGGUUGCUCUGCUGGAGGAUUGUCGGUUUUCCACCACUGCGAUGAUUUCUCCAGGAAGUUACCGAACGCCACGGUGAAAUGCUUGAGCGACGCCGGGUUCUUCCUGGACGCGAAAGACAUAGCUUCAAACUUUACCAUGAGGAGCUUGUACGAAGAUCUGGUCACGCUUCAGGGAGUGGAGAAGAACCUGAAUGAGGACUGUAAAGCUUCCCUGGCCAACCCCAAGCUGUGCUUCUUCCCGCAGUACGCUCUGAGAUACAUUACGACACCAUUCUUCCUCCUGAAUUCAGCUUACGACGUGUACCAGAUAAACCACAUAUUGGUACCACCUUCCGCGGAUAUCCAGGGACUCUGGAAGAGUUGCAAGACUCAAUUGUCAGAGUGCAACACUGCUCAGAUCAACCUCUUGCAAGGAUUCAGGCGAGAGAUGUUGCAGGCGUCGUUGUUCAUAUUCAGGGGUUCAAGGAGAGACGGAAUGUUCAUAAACUCAUGCUUCUCUCAUUGUCAGAGCGAGUUACAACCCACGUGGCUUGCACUCGACUCGCCGAGAAUACAUAAUAAGACAAUGGCGGAGGCUGUUGGUGACUGGUACUUUGGAAGGAACGUAACCAAGUUAGUCGACUGUCCUUAUCCAUGUGACCGGCACUGCCACAAUCUUAUACCCCAGAUCGCUCAAAAUGAUGAUUUGUGA